CCCACACCUACUGAAUGUGUUACUCAAAAAAGAAGUUGGUUUUUCAAUUGAGAACCUUUAACCAAAGCCAAAUAAUAUGGAGUUGUUCUUUCUCAUAGCCUUAACCCUUUUCAUUAUUCUUGUCACUCUUCCAAUUCUGGCUGUCUUAUACAGACCAAAUAUUAUCAAUCUACCACCAGGCAAGACGGGCUUGCCAUACAUAGGAGAGAGCCUGGAAUUUCUUUCCACAGGCAGAAAAGGUCAUCCUGAGAAGUUUUUAUCAGAUAGAAUGGAAAAAUUCUCACGUCAAGUUUUCAGGACUUCAAUUCUUGGUGAACAAACUGCAGUCGUCUGUGGCGCACAAGGCAACAAGUUCUUGUUCUCUAAUGAGAACAAGCUUGUCACUGCUUGGUGGCCAAAAUCAAUCCUGAGACUCUUCCCUUCCUCUAAUCAAAGCACUAUCCUAGCUGAAGGCAUGAGGAUGAGGAAGAUGCUACCUCACUUUCUCAAACCUGAGGCCCUGCAAAGAUACAUAGGUGUAAUGGACCAUAUGGCACAAGUUCACUUUCAGGAUAGCUGGGAAAACAAGCAAGAAGUCACAGUUUAUCCGCUUGCAAAGAUGUAUACAUUUUCAGUUGCUUGCAAAGUGUUCUUGAGCAUGGAUGACCCAAAGGAGGUCGCAAAGUUCGCUGCUCCUUUCAAUGAUAUGGCCUCAGGAAUUAUUUCUAUUCCUAUCAAUUUUCCUGGAACAUCUUUCAAUCGUGGACUCAAGGCCUCGAAGAUUAUAAGGAACGAAAUGUUGCGUAUGAUUAAGCAAAGAAGAAAAGAUCUUGCUGAGAAUAAAGCAACUCCUAUGCAAGAUAUACUGUCCCAUAUGCUGGUAGCAACUGAUGAAGAAGGUCAGAGAUUGGGAGAAGUUGGGAUUGCUGAUAAGAUCAUCUCUUUGCUCAUUGGUGGCCACGACACAGCAAGUGCUACAAUCACUUUCGUUGUCAAGUUUCUUGCCGAGCUCCCAGAUAUCUACGAUCAAGUCUUGAAAGAGCAAUUGGAGAUUGCUAAAUCAAAAGAACCAGGAGAAUUAUUGACCUGGGAAGACAUUCAGAAGAUGAAGUACUCGUGGAAUGUUGCUUGUGAAGUAAUGAGAUUAGCCCCACCUCUUCAGGGUUCUUUCAGAGAAGCCUUACAUGACUUCGACUAUGCUGGUUUCUCUAUUCCAAAGGGUUGGAAAUUAUAUUGGAGCACACAUACAACACACAAAAAUCCAGAAUAUUUUUCGGAUCCUGAAAAGUUUGAUCCUUCAAGAUUUGAAGGAUCAGGGCCAGCACCUUACACAUUUGUUCCAUUUGGAGGAGGGCCAAGGAUGUGUCCUGGAAAAGAGUAUGCAAGAUUGGAAAUUCUUGUUUUCAUGCACAAUAUAGCGAAGAGGUUCAAGUGGAACAAGGUUAUUCCUGACGAGAAAAUUGUUGUUGACCCCAUGCCAAUACCAGCUAAAGGCCUUCCAGUUCACCUCUAUCCUCAAAAACAUGAGUAAAUUAUUUGAAGAAACCGGCUUCUCAUUCAAGUCCUGCAAGCAAUAACGCUUGUUUGGAUGCUACUACGUAUACUGUUUGUCUUCUUUAUAUUUGUAAAAGCAAAGUUAUGGCUUAAAUCUAUAGCCAUACAGUUGUGUUAUCUUUGUCUUUUGCCUUCUCUUUCUCUUCUAGUGAUCAAUUCAGUAUGUAAAAGUGAGUUAAAUUAUUUAA